AUGCACGUACGACGUAAUACCUACCAUUAUCCACUGCUGUGGCUAUUUGCUCUUAUAAUAUGUUGCGAAGGACGGAUACUUCCGAGCUGGUUUUGGCACUCAUCGUCUAUUUCUAAACAUUUCGGUACUACUUCAGCGGCGAACGAACAAACGCAGGCUGCAGAGCUUAUAUUUACAUCUAAACCAAUUAUAGCAGUACGAAGGCGGGACGUUACAGUUAAUAGUACCCAGAGUGACUUAGAAUUGGCCUCUAGUUCGUUUCCAGAUGAUUAUUCAACGACAGAAGUGACAAGUACAGAUCUAUCUGAUACGGACGUUGAUACAAGCACAGAAGUGCCGACAAGUACCGAUCUGUCUGAUACAGACGUUGAUACAAGCAUAGAAGACUCAUCGAUAUCAACAACAGAACUGUCAACGAGCAGCGAAUUGUAUGCCAAUGUUGCUGAUUUGAGCUCAGAAGAUUUUGGGACGCAAACAACACCGCUAUUGGAGUUCUUUUCGUUCCAUUUAGAAACGUCCACAUCAAGCCCUGAUACUACUACCUCAUCUUCACCAUUCAUAGGUAGUGAUAUGAAAAUAGUUACAACUUCCUCGAAUGGAAACCUAAUCUCGGAUUUUCUUCAGUCUUCUGACGUGUCUGCUUCUUCUGACGAGCAUACUUCUUCAGAAGUAUUGACAUCGUCUGAGGCCGAGGAUACUACCCCGAUAACCAGCUCUAUCGAGGAAAUAACAUCAAGCGCUCCCUCUGCAGGUGCAUCCUUUGAUAGUCAGGAUGCAGUCUCGUCGUCGGACUCGGUUUCAGUUUCUCCUUCACCUUCACAGUCAGAAUCAUUUUUUACAGAUACAUCAUCGGAAGACGUUCCCAGCCUUUCUGCAACUGUAGCUUCCACAGUAGAUGUUGAUACUACUAUAUCCUACACACCUUCUCCAUCACCAUCACCAUCACCAUCACCAUCACCAUCACCAUCACCAUCACCAUCACCAUCACCAUCACCAUCACCAUCACCAUCACCAUCACCAUCACCGUCACCGUCUCCAUCACCGUCACCGUCUCCGUCUCCAUCACCGUCAGAGUCUCACCUGACUGAAACAUCAACCGAACCUGGAUCCAGCAGUUCCUUUGUGGGCGUCCCAAUAGAUAACGAUACGAGUACCCCCGAUGAUAUCAUAUCCCCAGAUACUACACUUCCAGAAACUUCGUCUCCGGUAACUACAACUCCAGAAACCACACCUCCAGACACUACUACAUCUAUAACCACUGCACCGGUAACUACUACGCCGGUAACUACUACGCCGGAUACCACUACACCUGUAGUUACCACUCCAAUUACCACCACUCCGGAAACUACUUCUCCAGAAGCAACAACCUCGUCAACUACUGAUACAGCUCAAGCUGCGGUUUCCUCAACAUCAAGUUACUCAACUACUCUUUCAACAGCAGACACUGUCCCAGUAACAAUCGAAACAACGCCUUCAACUUCUCAACUGGAUACUAUCCCAACAACAGCAACAUCCUCCGAAGUAAAUGAUACACCAACCACAACAACCUCACAAGUCAAUACUAAUCCUUUUACCACAUUAUCAACCAAUAUAUUACCAUCUGAAACAGGAACUACUUCCGAAUCAUUGUUAAUAUUGGUAUCCACUGUAGAAUCGACACCAGAAUCAACAAUUAUUAUGGAUGUUUCUACUUCGUCCCCUGAUAUGGUUUCACCGACAUCUGGCGAAAUCUCAUCUAUUGUGCCGGUUAGUACAAGCGUCAUAUUGCAGGAUACAGACGUGUCAUCCUCAACUUCAACGGAAAUGGUAGUGAUAUCAUCGGAAGCGCCAGGAGCUUCAAGUAUUUUGCAAGAGAGUACCACAUUCACUGAUAUAACAAGCGGUUCAGAUAUUCAACUUGAAAGAUCUACCACUUCAAUUAUAGCAAGUUCAGUGACAUCUGGUACCACAGCUUCCGAGUCAACAAAUGUUUUUACGGUGUUUUCCUCGACGGAGUCUGCCUCUACUCACCAUUCCCUUGCAUCCUCCUCGAUAAUAACACAAACCAUCAACUCUGGCGCUAGCGCUUCAUUUAUCUCUGAAACCCGACAACCAAUGGCUACAUCAGUUUCUGCCACACUAGAUGGUUCCAUUGUGAAUAGUGGAUUAACUUCCAACAAUAAUUGGUUACCCACAACUCUUGUGAUAGAGCCCACAGCUGCUCAUGCAACAUCAGCAGCAACAUCAGCAGACCUCGGAGCUACGUCAACGCUACCGCAGGCUAUCAACCCAGCAUCAGACGUUCCCCUUCCAGACGGUUAUACUGUCAUCACUGUCGGGUUCAAAGAACCUUUAAAUUAUCCAUUCCUAAUUGCCAACCCUCUAGCAUCUGCGCAGAUAUUCAACUUUUUGCCAAAAGUGCUUGUGCGCCCCUUUCAGCUAACAACGACAGGUGCUGCUCCCGUUUAUCGUCGUUCCUGGAACAUUUUUAAGAAAGGAAUCAAUACUCAUUUACUCUCGUCAUCACUACCCACAUACGACGAUGUGCAAGUAAAAUCGAUUGUGCCUCUUGUGAUUCAAAAUGUCAGCUAUAUCGUCUCCAUUGCAGAAGUCUAUUUCCCUACAGAAUCUGUUCAUACUUUACAAGAAUUGGUUUUAGACUCCAGUUCCAUCUUGUACUCUAAUCCAGUUUCCUAUCUAGCUGAUCUAGCUAGUUUGAUCAACCCGGCUAUUCCAUUAACUGGCCUCACCUAUAGCGGUAGCUCUGGAUCUUCUAGUGGAAACGGAUCUGGAGGUGAUAGCGAUGGAAACGGAAACGGAUCUGGAGAAGGAACCGGUGGAAAUGGGGCCGAAAAGGACAAUUCGUCAAACAACGCUGCAUUGUGGGGAUCAUUAGACGCCGGUUUAACAUCUGGCUUUCCAAAUCACGAUACUGUCAUCAGAUUUGUCUGCAUGGUGACCGUGCUUACUGCUUUUAUUUUAUGCCUCGUUGGUUUGAUACUGGUUUUCCUGAAGAACCUUUACAAGAGAACAAAUUGUGCCCAACGGAUGCAUUUAACGGAAAAAAACUGGCCCGAAAUACCAACAUUCUACAGCCACCAUAUGAAUGGAAGUACGGACAGCCCUAUGAGAAAUAUGUUUUACAGUGGUUCCCAAUUUUCUGACUCAGAUACUACUGAAGAAGAUUCACAUAGUGCAGAAUACAUAGACGAUGAUUUGAUAAUCACUGGUGAGAAUACUGUCUACAGCAUCAGCCAAGGAAUAACAUAUUAUGUUGAUGAAGAUGGUAAUUUCUUUUUUGCUGGUGUCGGAAAAGAUGUUCAUACCAGUGAGCCAGAAAAGCUAGAGAAGAUCAUACACGAUAAAACUGAAACAGUAACGGUGGAACCAAUCCUUCCAUACUAUAACGAGAAAGAUGAUGAUCUUACUGACGAGACAGAACCUUUCGACAUGGGAGAACUGGAGGUUGAUGAAGAUGGUAACAUCGCAUUGCCAGAGUCCGAUUUGGAAAACACCAUUCUACAAGUCGCCUCAGACAGAGAAGAAAUUAGGAGUCGUUCUCCAAUUGGCACAAACGAUGGAUCAUAUUUACAGCAUCAGAUUCCUAAUAUCUUCCCUUCAGUCACCUCUAACAGCGCACAUGUAAAUUCGGAUACGAUGGCGACUGCUGUCACACAAACACUUCUUUCUUCCAAUGGUUCUGGCGGCAUAUUGGAUUUAACUGGCAAUAACGGAACAUAUGAUGAAUAUUUGUACGACGCCACUCAGGAUGAAAUCGAUGAUCCGCCUAUUAUUACAAAUAGCGGCUUAGAGGAGUUCAGUUCCGGCCAUAUUUCUUCCAUUGACCUUGAUGAUGAAAUAGACAUUGAUAUUGAGGAUUAUGAUGACGAUGUAAGUGACGUGAAUGUUGGAGACUACGAUGAAUUUGAUGAAGAAAUGUAUCGUCAUCUUUCUCGUUCUGACAUACUGCAAAACUUUGGAUCUGGCUCAUCAACAGGUCUAGCUUCUCGAUUGGCAUCUUUACAGGGGACUAGUACAGACAGUGGAACAUCUUUCAAUAUGCAUAAUGUUGGAUCGUAUAUUGGUGCCCACACUUCCACUCUCUCUAGUAACGGAAGAAACCCUAGUGAUAAUUCUUAUGGCGGAGUUCCGCCCAAGAGACCAGAGAGGUCUUCUUUGGUGUUUGAUUUCAACGGGUUAUACGAUGAAACACCAUUACUCAACCGUAGUGCUUCUAUGGUAUCCCCAAGUCAAACUCCAGAAAAACACACCGGCUCCAAACGGACGUCAAGAAACUUAUCGAAGGAGUUUGCAGCAGAACUUGGUAUUACGGAGGAGCAAUUGAAAACAAUGGAAAGACAUCCUUCAGCAGUACCUUCUUAUAAUUCCCAAUCUAGAACAUCUAAUAAAAAAUAA